AUGUUUCACGACAAGAAAGAGGACUUCCUACAACCCCUUGGAAGCGUAGCCUCUGUAGCAUUGUACCAGAAAAGUCUGCGCCCAUUCACCCUCGCGGUUUGCUUGGCCACAGAUCCUCUGAGCCCAAAGUUCGUGAACCAAGACCUCUUGGCUCACAUCAUUGGCGACAUGAGGCUCGCCGUUUCUCAUGGUGAUCUAGCCGAAGUGAACCAGAGCCAAGCAGUUUUGAAGGCUCUGUCCCUUUGCGUCAAGAGGAAGGGCAAGCGAUUCCAGCGCUUCUCUGCACCAGAAUGUCGGAGCAGAAGUUCUGGGAUCACUUUGAAAGACGGCUCCAGCCCCUCAUUCUUCGCCUUGGCUCCAACUGAAGAGGCCUUCCUAAACCUGCUGCCAGUAUGUGAGACUGGAGGAUGGAUGGAGAAAGAUAAUCGCACCAUCUUGCACCUGGCAGCAGAGAAGAAUUUUGGCAGGCCAUUCGUGGAGAUCAUGAACAGCAAGAACACAAGUCUGAUCCCGGACGUGAACUCCACCUACAUGGACACGAGUAUAGUCGGUGUUGGCACGAAGACCUCUUGGGUGAAAGUUGUUGGAAGGGCAGCCAUCCAUGAUGCUUGUAGAUCUGGUUGUGGGCCAUGUGUGAAGGCUUUGCUGGCCAGGGAUGCGUCCGGCAGAAUGGGCCUCAACCUCACCAUGUUCCCAUCCUGGUGGGACCCAGUGUUCCAUCCUUGGAUGAUGGACUAUUUGCUGAAAAGUACCAAGCGUAACAGGCACAGCUACAGGUCCAUUUGGGGGGUGCAACCAAUUCACAUCGCAACUUUGCACCAUUGCAGUGAAUGCUUGGAAGCUUUGGUGGGUAGCUCGGAUACCUCGGGUACCUCUGGUGAGACCCUCAAGGAAGUGGUCGAAGCAACAAUGUCCUUGGGAUAUACAACAUCGUACAUGGCCGACUUGGAGCCAGACACAAAGGGACAUGUGCAGCAGACCGAUGUGUCCGAUCCGUCCUGUCUCUUCUCCGCCCUGGACCUGGCAGUGCUCACGAACUGCAGCAGCUGUGCCCAGAUUUUGCUUCAGGCCGGUGCCAGUGCAUCCCAAAUCACCUUGGACCAGGACAGCAGCAUGGAGAACCUUCCAGUGUUCGACGUGCUUCCGAAGAAUGGCUCGAAGGUCCAGCGAUGUUCCUCGCUACGAUUGACCGACAAGCAAGAAGAGUUCAUGGAGGCUGUCGAGCAAGAGUUGGUUAGAGUUGGUGAGUGGUACAAGGACAAAGUUACUGCCUUGGAGGCUCGCGUACGGCAGUUGGAUGACGAGGAAGGUUUAGAGGGCGAAGCCGCUUUGUCUGGCUCUGCAGGUGCGGAGGUGGUUUCCGCUUUGCAUCUUGAGGCGGUACGACUCACAGAGUUUGUGAUUCUGAACGUAGAAGCACUGCGAAAGAUCGUCAAAAAGAUGGACAAGCAGUGCGGAACGAGCUAUCAGAAGGUCUUUGUGGAGAAGAGUUUGAAGCAGAGCCCGUUGGCCACCAAAGCCUCGGACCAACCUUUCAACGGCGAACGCGCCCGCGCGUGCCGGAGAGCGCUGGAAGAGCUGGUGAGCCCGGAGCGAAUCCAAGAGCUGCGCUCCCAGGCCAUGGAGUCGGGUGGAGUUGGCUUGUCCACCAAGCAUUGGUCUUUGACGCGGACGCUGGUGUCCAUUUGCUGUGCCCUGAUGGCUUUCGCGAUGUCACAGAACUCUGUGCCUCUUGCGAAAGCUCAACGAUGUUUGGGGCUCAUGAUCUUCACCGUGGUGAUGUGGGUGUCGGAGGCAGCACCAUUUGAAGCGACUGCAAUGUUGGUGGCCCCUUUAGCUGCUGCUCUCGAUGUCAUGGAUGGCAGCAAAGAAGAUCAGGCCAAGAAGCUGUUGGCCUCGGUCUUCAACGAAUCUCUAUAUCUGGUGCUCAGUGGCUUCACCAUGAGCUCCAUCUUUUCCAAGUGUCAGUUGGAUUGCCGCGCAGCUGCCUUGCUACAACAAUCCUUGGGUCACAGGCCCUUCCUCUUCAUGCUGGCCAUCAUGUGGCUCGGUGGUGGGCCAAGUAUCCCAUUGGACCAUCGAUGA